AUGGUGGAACGAUCAGAACUGGGCCAAGUGCUUCUUGCUAGAGAUGCUUCUUUUGAGCAGAUUCUUCACAAAGGAACGUCGAAAGGCAACGUUGGCAUGUCAGCAAUGUUGAAAAAGGACCACGAAGCUCAGAAGGCGGCGACGGAAGACUACUUCAGGCAUUGGGACAACAAGCUCAACGCUCAGAAGGAGACCAAAGAGGAUAGAGAGGCUCGAGCCGCAGAGUAUGAUUCGCUCACCAGGCAAUAUUACAAUUUGGUCACCGAUUUCUACGAGUAUGGCUUUGGCCAAUGCUUUCACUUCUGCAGACCUGCUAUUGCCGAAAGCUUCAAGCAGGGCAUUGCCAGGCACGAGCACUAUCUCGCGCACAUGAUCAACAUCAAGAAGGGAAUGAAGGUACUGGACGUUGGCUGCGGUGUUGGUGGCCCAGCCCGCGAGAUUGCCAAGUUCACGGGGGCAUAUAUCACUGGGCUCAACAUCAACGAGUACCAGGUGGAGAGGGCCGCGCGGUAUACAAAGAAAGAGCGCAUGGAUAAGAACGUGCAAUUCGUCCAGGCCGACUUCAUGGUAAAGUCAACCUUGUUCAAGAAUAUCUUCCACACGACUUUUCUAAUGCCAAUGAUUCAGAACAUCCCCUUCGAGGACAACACUUUCGACGCCGUCUAUGCCAUCGAAGCCACGGUCCACGCCCCAUCCCUCCAAGCCGUCUACUCAGAGAUCCACCGCGUCCUCAAGCCCGGGGGCGUUUUCGGCGUCUACGAAUGGGCCAUGACCGAGUCCUACGACAACGAUAAUCUCUCCCACCGCAAGACGCGUAUCGAGAUCGAGCAGGGCAACGGCAUCGCCAAUAUGGUGAAGGCGUCCGAGGCUCUGCGCGCCUUCGAGGCCGCUGGCUUCGAGAUUCUUGAGAAUGAAGACAUGGCGGAUAGACCGGACCCAAGCCCGUGGUACUGGCCACUCGACGCCGGAAGCUGGCGGCAUGCCCAGACGAUUGGAGAUCUGCUGUACACGUUCCGCAUGACGGGGUUGGGAAGGAUUGCAACGCAUGGGUUUCUGAGUGUCAUGGAGACGUUGAGAUUCGCGCCGCCUGGGAUGACGAAGACGUCAGACAGUUUGAUCCGUGCAGCGGAUGCGUUGGUUUUUGGCGGAAGGGAGAAGAUCUUUUCGCCGAUGUAUCUGAUGGUUGGGCGGAAGUCGGACAAGACGGAGUGA